GGAUUAUGUAAAUAAAUUAAAAUGAAACUCUUCUUUAGUAGUGGGUAAUCUUCUUCAUUAAUUUUGAUAAACCUUCCUCCGAAUCGAUAACAUAAUGUCAAGAUCUCCGAUGCCCUCACCAACUGACUCCUUCCCAUCCUCCGAAACAACAUGUGCAGCAUCAGUGAAUAUUGAAGCCGUGGCAGUUGGAGUAAUGGAUAAGUUAGAGUCACCAGAGUCGAACGGGGAGAGGAAGGACCAACCCGUGAAGUCAUUCAAGUCCAGUCUAGCCUUACCAUCAAGAAUAUUCAGCCCAUUAAAAACCAGAAUGUACCAUGUACACUCUCAUCCCUGGUUUCAAAUCCUCUUAAUUAGUGGAAUAUGCUUUUGUUGCCCCGGGAUGUACAAUGCUUUGACUGGAAUCGGCGGUUCUGGACAGGUUGAUCAAACUGUCGCAGCAAAUGCGACUGUCGCUCUUCUGUCUGCCAUGGCUGGGACAGCACUAUUCGUCGUCGGUCCUUUAUUUGACAGAGUUGGGCCUCGAGUCUGUUUGCUACUUGGAGCCUGGACAUACCCAUUAUAUUCUGGUGCAUUACUCAAUUUUAGCAAAAAUGAAAAUGGGGCCUUUGUGAUUUCAGCAGGCGCAUUACUGGGUAUUGGGGCCUCUUUCGUCUGGGUUUCACAGGGAGCAAUCAUGACAACCUACGUUCCUGAAAAUCAAAAGGGAAGAGCAAUUGCACUCUUCUGGGUUAUAUUCAAUCUUGGGGGAGGUGUCGGUUCGCUGGCAAGUUUUGGUCUUAACUACAAAUCCGUCACAGGAACUGUCUCGGAUGCAACGUACAUCGCUUUGCUUAUUAUAAUGGGAAUCGGAUGGCUCAUGAGUGUCUUCAUUUGCCCGCCAGACUCUGUUAGGAAGCCAGCCAUCCAGAAAGGUCAACAGAAGACGAACCAGCGAAGAGGCACCAAAGCAUAUGAGCUUAUAAAGAGCUGUUUCAAGAUAUGCACGGACUGGCGUGUUCUCUGCAUGAUACCUCUGUUUUUCUGCGCCAACAUUUUCUAUUCAUAUCAACAGAAUGAAGUCAACGGUAUGAACUUCAACAUCCGCACUCGAUCGCUUAAUGGGGCUCUCUAUUGGCUUGCCCAAAUGUUUGGGGGUUUGUUCAUGGGAGUUCUGCUUGAUAUGCCAAGUCUUACAAGACCCCAACGAGCCUGUGUUGGCUGGGGCUUUUUAUUUGCCUCAGGAAUGUGCAUCUGGGGAGGUGGCUAUGCUUUCCAAAAAUGGUCCUCAUACCGGAUCGAAAAGCAACAUCAUAAACAGGACAUUGACUUUACCUGGAGUUCUAUGUCGGUGGGUCCAAUGUUUUUGUACAUUUUCUACGGUGCCUACGAUGCCUUCUGGCAAUCGUUCUGUUAUUGGUUAAUCGGGGCAUUUUCCAACCAACCAAAGGUCUCGGCCAUUCUGGUCGGUGGGUAUAAAACCUUUCAGAGUGUCGGUGGAGCAAUGGCGUGGAGAAUCGAUGCUCUCAAGGUUUCGCCCAUGACUCAAUUUGCUAUGAACUGGGGCAUGUGUAUGGGAGCUUUGGUAUGCGUACUGCCUACCGUACUGGCAGUGACAUUGACCAGUACGAACGAGGAUGAGGCGGAAUUUGAGGAUAACACUAGGAAAUCAGGACAUCGUCCUGAACCUCAUACGUUGCUCAUGGUGUAA